AGGAGGAGGAGGAGGGAGAAGUAGAAGAAGUUAAAGGUAUUGUACUAAAUGAGUCAAUAUUAGAUGAGAUGCUUCAGGAUAAAGAUGGAGUUAAUUUAAAUGCUAGCAUUAAUACGUCUUCUUCUCUUUCUCCUUUGAAGAAUGAACUCAAUCAUGAUGAAGAUGUAUCAACUUUAGUCAACUCUCCACGAGUGAGAGUUAGGGAAGAUGAUGAAUUGAAUCAGACACUUUUAUCAUCUGAUCUUGAAGAAAGAAAUGAAGUUCAAAGAAUCCUUCAAACACUCUUAAAGAAGCCACCCAAUGAUGAUGAUAAUCAUUCCUUAAGUACAGAUGAUGGAAGAGAUGAACAGAUACUUCACAGUAUCAGUCCUACACUUGAUACAACUGACAGUACAACAGUAAAGGAAGAGCUUGCCUUGGGGCAAUGCAGUGAAAAUGAUAGUCUCUCUGAAUCUGAUGAAUCUUUAAAUGAUGAGCUUCAAGACCAUUGUCAUCAUAGGAGGAUUGACAGAGACAAGUUACCUGUCUAUUACAAACCUGAGCAAGAACUGACAGAUAAGCUGAGGUAUCUCAGAUUGCUUGCUCUCUCUCGUGGCUCUCCAAAAAAACUCAAAGAAGAAGAAGAGGAGGAGAGAAUUGAACUAUUGACAGAAAAUGCCGGACAAGAUGAGAGAUCAAAAGGAAUGAAAUAUUGUAAUUAUCCACUUGUGACAACUCCAGAGAGGGACAGACUCCAGCGUGCUUUCUAUAAUCAGGACCAUUAGAUUUUUAAUAAGACAUAGAUACAUAUUAAUAUCAAGAAUAUGAAUAUAUACACAUAAUGCAGUUGUUUAUUCUACGUUUUAUGAUCGUUUUAUGUGUCUAAUGAAAGGGAAACACCUGCAGUUCUACAAACUUUCAAAAUGUUAAAUAAACACAAUCAUCAAAAAGAGUUUGCACAACAGUCAGUGAUGAACUGCAUACAUAUAAUCACUGAGCAGGUAGCAGUAUAUAAAGCAGUAAUACUAGCACUCUCUGUGUCAUUUCUGGUAUGUUUACUGCAGGAUUAUGAAGUUUUGCUUUGCACUCAGUGUCUUGUUAGUAGCCAACAUUGCACUAUCUUCUGCUGCUACUGAUCACUACAUUAGCAGUAAUGAGGAGCUCUGGCAUUACCUGUGUAGCAGUGACUCACCAGUACAGGAUAAUACAACACUGUAUCUCACCAAAGGAACAUAUGAACUAAAGAACACUGCAGGUUUCUGCAUUCUGAGAGAUGUUCAGAAAUUGAAGAUACAAAGUUUACGAACUGGUCAGACUUCUCUCAUAACUUGUUUGUCCACUAUCAGGGAUAUCUCAACUGUGGGUUUUGGAUUUGUUAAUGUCACUGGUAUAGAACUACACAAUAUUAAGUUCAAAGGAUGUGGUGCUAUUCUCACUCUUGAAGCAAUCGAACAAAUGAAUGAAACUCAUCCAUACUUCUUUUACGAGCAGAAAGCCACACUAGCCUUCAAUCACUGUAAGGACAUGAAUCUGGUGAACAUUAUUAUACACUACUACAUUGGAUAUGCAGUUUUACUAAUGAACCCACUAGGUACAUCAAAUGGUAUACGUGGAAUGUCAAUUAUGUAUGGAAUCUUUAUUUCACGUAGUUCAUGUCAUUCUGGCACUAAUAUAUGCUCUGGCUCUGGCCUGAUGUGUUUGUUUAAAGAUACGAAUACAACCUUUGAAUUAGCUACACCAUCAGAGGUCAGUUUCACCAAUUCAGCUGUUAGAAUGAAUGCUAACAUCAUUCACAACAUCCCUCCACUCAACCUCAUACCACACCAUCAGUUCUGUAGGCUACCAUUGCUAGGAUCUGGUGGCAUCACUAUCAUAUUCAAUCAAACAUUUGGUGCUUCCUUCACUUCUACUGAUACUAUUCUUGAUGUAUGUGCAGGCAGCAUUGCUGGAUCUUCACUCAUUCUCUAUUACAAUGGUAUGUUUAAUUCCAGAGUAUCAUUUUUUUCCAUAGAUGCCUUUAACUUGAUCCAUAUGCCUGACUCUCUUCAAGAAGGUGGCAACGGAAUUGCUGUUUACUCUUUCCUGUGUGGCCAGUGUCCUGUUACUGAAACUAGCUUGUAUAAGACUCCAUUGCUAAUAAAGGAUUCAUUUGUAAGAGGAACUGGAUCAUAUGAUGCAGUGAUUAAACGCUCACAUACAAAAUAUAGUAGUAACUUGUUUUUAAAUAUUUUUGAAGCUUGUGGCCCUUCAAAGUUAUUGAUUAUACUAGAGAGAGUACGGUUCCGAUGGAGCUAUGCUUCAGUAUCAGGAUCAGCAACGUAUGCCUUCAUCAGUCAUAAACUCAAGGAUUCAACCAGUGCAAGUGUUUCACUGGUUUUUUCAAAAAUUCUAGCUCGUGAAUGUGCAAAAGGUAACAAUAUCUAUGGCAUAUAUUCAAACGUACCCUGCUUCACGUUUAUUAACUGGAACAAUGUAACUAUAUCUGGUGGAAGAUUCUGGGAGAACAAUGCACCAGUGAUAGCUGCUUACAACAGUGAGGUAUACCUGACUGGGGCUGUAUCAUUUGAGAGGAACAAAGGUGUGAAUGGACCUGCAGUUUACCUUCAGUCUUCUUACCUUGUACUACAAGAACCUCUCAAUGCAUCCUUCAUUAGGAAUGCUGCUCUUCUUUAUGGUGGUGCCGUUUAUGCUCACAAUAUACCAGCCCCUGUUACCCACCAGAGGUGUGCUCUUCAGGUGAAGCCUAUCCAUCAAUACACUAAUGACACUGAAUUGAAUAUUAAUUUACAUUUCAUGGAUAACAAAGCAGGACUAGCUGGAGUUUCAAUGUACAUAGUACCACUUUAUAACUGUUCUCAAAUAUUCCCUUCACUAACUAAUCCAUCACGUUUCAAUUGGUCAAGUAUCACAACUUUCAAAGCAAGAAAUCCUUUCAAAGGUCUUCAAGAAAUUUCCUCCGGGCCCUUUAAGAUAUGCUCAUGCAGUUAUAGCAAUGAUGCCACUAGUUUAAAGAUAUCCUGUUCGUAUAAUGAGGUAUCAAGCAUCAUUCACUCGUAUCCUGGAAUGAUGAUAUCAGUUCCAUUGUGUGCUGUUGAUUCAUCAGGUAGUAUUGUCUAUUCUGCUGCCGUUGCUUCCAUCAAUAAUGACAAACUGACUAAGAAGAGUCCAAUACAGAAUGACCUAUACCUGCUGCAUCAUCAGACACUUUCUCCAUUAUCUGGCCAGGACUGCACUUAUGUUAGUUAUAAUGUUUAUAGCAGAUCAAACACUUUAAGACAUUCUCUUUUUUCUGUUGCUAUACCAUUCAGUUCCCCGUCAUGGUCUGCUUAUCUAUUCGUACACCCUUGUCCUCUUGGCUUUGUGUUAAAUCAAGGUGAAUGUAUAUGUGAUCCAUUGCUCACUGGCCUAAUACCAAACAUACACUGUAAUAUCAGCAAUACUUCAAUAUCAUUAGUCACUGAUGGCCAGUGGAUGGGUAAUGCAUCAAACUCACUAGGUCUCUCUUUUGUUUGUCCUCCUACCAACUGUCAGAGGGGGCUCUCCUACCUUAAUAUGACUGAUCCUUCAUCAUUAUGCACUGAUACUAAAGAAGGAGUGUUGUGCAGUCAGUGUCGCAUUGGUCUCUCUGUAGUAUUUGGCACUAGUCAGUGCUUGGAGUGUUCAAGUAUUUGGCUGUUGAGUCUUUUUGGAUAUGCACUCUCAGGAAUAGUACUGGUAGCCAUCAUGUUGUAUCUUCCUUUAACAAUAUCUGAAGGGCCACUAGCUGGCAUUAUCAUUGCAAUGAAUAUAACUGCAGCAUCAACCUUUGACCUCCAGGAGGAAAGGCAGGGCUGGUUCUUGUAUGUAGUUAGAGUCUGUGUAUCAGUGGUGAACCUUAGUUUGGGCUUCCCUCUCUGUUUUUAUGAUGGCAUGACUCCUCUCAUCAAGACUGGGCUCUUGUUUGCUUAUCCCAUAUAUUUAUGGAUUCUGAUCAUUGGAUUCAUAAUAUUUAGUCAUUUUUCAACUCGCGUCUCCAAUAAAACUGCAAUGCAUUCGGUACAGGUACUUGCAUCACUAAUGUACUUGUCAUUCUCAAAGAUACUAAUGACCAUCAUUGAUAUCAUUGCUUACAUACCAGUCCACACUUCCUCCAGCAGUGGCACAGUUAUAGUGUGGUAUGGUGAUGGCAGUGUGCUCUAUCUCUCUAACAAUGGACACAUCCUCCUCUUUACUUUCUCUCUCCUAGCUCUACUACUCUACAUCUUUCCCUUCAUAGUGUUUGUUACUUUUGGUCAAUGGCUACUGAGAGUGAGUCUAAUAAAUAAGUACAUGAGGCAGUAUAUUGAAGCAUUUCAAGGUCCUUACAAACACGGGAAAGGCUAUUGGUUUGGCCUAAGAGUAAUACUAGUCUCUUAUGUGUACAUGAUGUGGAGUCUCCUGAGAGGAUACAGCCUCAUUUCAAUGCUGUUUCUCCAGUUCAUUCCUAUUCUUUUAUUCUGUGUCUCUCAGUCCCUCUUUAGGCCAUUCAGGAGUAAAGUCCUCAAUGGAAUGGAUACUAUUUGUCUCCUUUUGUCAACUCUUCAGAUUGUGCUGGGAAUAUCUUUUGCACGAAGCAGUGCUAAUUAUUACUUGUAUUGCAUUGGAUUUAUUAACAAUGUGCUAUUUUUAGCAUUAAUGGGUACAUGUCUUGUACAGUUAUUAAAGAAAAGCAGGUUUGCAUCAUGGAUACUGUUGAACUACUCCACCAAGAAACAUGUCAAAUGUCGUCAAGAGAAAGAUGAUGACGAAACUGAUGAAGCCAGGAGACUUUUGGCAGAUUUGCCUGAUGAGGAGUGGCUCAAUUAAGCAUGAAUGAUAAUAGUCAUGACUUUGAUGUUUAUUAGUAAGAAGCCUUAUGUAGACUAAUGUUGAUAUUAAUGUGUGUAAUAUUUUGGCAUUGCAUUAAGUAUUGAAAAAAAAACCAAAUAAUUAUGAUGAUUAUAAUUAAAGU